CGUUCCCCUCCCACGAAGCAAAGCAAAGCCAAAGCAAUCUCAAGUGAAUCAAACCGCCAGACUUCGCAGUCCUCCUCCCCACUACCAGAGCAUGCGCGUUGCCGCGACCCGAGCCGCCGCCGCCGCUCACCCUCCGAGCGCCUUCCUGCUCCUCCUGUUACUCCUCGGUUGCGCGUCCCUCGCGAUCGGAGGAGCAGCCAUGGCCGGCCACGUCCUCGGCGGCGUGAAGGAGAACCCAGCCGCGGCCAACAGCGCCGAGUCCGACGGGCUCGGCCGCUUCGCCGUCGAUGAGCACAACAGGCGCGAGAACGCGCUGCUGGAGUUCGUGCGCGUGGUGGAGGCCAAGGAGCAGGUGGUGGCCGGCACGCUGCACCACCUCACGCUCGAGGCCGUCGAGGCCGGGAGGAAGAAGCUCUACGAGGCCAAGGUCUGGGUCAAGCCAUGGCUCGACUUCAAGGAGCUCCAGGAAUUCAGCCACAAGGGGGACGCCACCGCCUUCACCAACGCCGACCUCGGCGCCAAGCAAGGUGGACAUGAGCCUGGUUGGCGUGAGGUUCCAGUAGAGGAUCCUGUGGUCAAAGAUGCUGCACACCAUGCUGUGAAAUCGAUCCAAGAGAGGUCCAACUCCCUGUUUCCCUACGAACUUCUCGAGAUCCUUCGUGCCCAUGCACAGGUUGUGGAAGACUUUGCAAAAUUUGACAUUCUGAUGAAACUGAAGAGAGGCAGCAAGGAGGAGAAGAUCAAAGCCGAGGUCCAUAAGAGCCUGGAAGGGGCCUUUGUGCUAAACCAGCAUCAGCCGGCGGAGCAUGAUGAGUCGAGCAGCCAGUGAACUGACGUAACUGUGUGAGCUGUAGUAGUAACGUACUUCGUGUUACGUAGAAGAAUAAGGAGAAAACGACCAAUCCGGUUUUAUCUGGAUGUCAUGUAUGGUCGACGGUCGUUGCUGGCUUGGCUUCCGAACGCAGCAGGCAUACUGGUGCUGGAAGACGGUACCUGCUGUCGCACUUGCCGUUAUAAUAGGCAUUGGAACUUGUCGAUUUCGGGAGCUGAUCUGUUUGUACCGUAUUGUUUAUUUAUAAUAUGAUGGAUCGUAUGUUGAUA